AGAUGUACAUUCUUGCAUUGUAACCCACUAGCUACCUCGACCAGCACGGUCUCGAUCUCCAACGCAUAUAUGCAUGCAUAUGCAACUACAUUCCCACUACUCCCAGCUGCACCAUCGUCAUACCCAUCAAUUAUCGGUUGUUUUGUAUUGUCUUGGGUCUUCAUACUUGCGUGUGUCUAUAUAUACAUCAUCAUUCUACCUCUCCCUAGCUAAUACAUACAUACAUACAUACAUACAUACGUGUGUGUGUAUAUAUAGUUGCACCGAGAUCCAUCGAGCUCCGGAAAGCUAGCUACCUCUACAGCCAGGACCCCAGACCAAAUGGGAGGAGAAGGUGACGGCGGCGGCGAUGUGGUUGUCGUGGGCCGGGCGGAGAUCGACACCAGGGCGCCAUUCCGGUCGGUGAAGGAGGCCGUCGUCCUCUUCGGCGAGAAGGUCCUCGCCGGGGAGCUCUAUGCUGGACGACGCAUCACCGCCGUCACCGAGAACCGAGCGGCGGCAACAAGGCACAAUCACCACGCCGCCGUCGCCACCCCAGCCUCCACCGUCGCCGCUGUGUCACGCGACGUGCUACCGGUCACGGUGGAGUUGGCGGAGGCGAAGCAGGAGCUGGAGAAGGAGCGGGAGGAGAAGCAGAAGAUGGCCGGGUGCAUCCAGUCCCUGCAGCAGGAGCUGAGCCACGCCAUGAGGGAGCUCAAGAGGCUCAAGGCGCGCGACGACGAGGAGGCGGCCUUCUCCAAGGUCAUCGACCUGCAGGUCGACGAGGGCCUCAGCUUCAUCGAGGCCGAGAAGCAGCGGGGCGCGGCCGCUGACAACAGCGGGGCCGUAGCCGCCGGGGACGGGGCCGAGCUCCAGAAGAAGAGGUACGUGAAGUUCGCCGACCCGCCGACGGCCGCCACCGCCGCGUACCGCGCGCCGCCAUUGCCGGACAUUGUGAUGGAGCUGCAGCUCCACGCGCCGCCGCAGCCGCACUACUACCGCGAGCCGCGGUUCCAGAGGCAGAUGUCGGCCGGGCCGGAGGCGGUGAAGGCGAUGGCGUCAGCGGGGGAGGAGGGGAGAAAGAAGAAGAAGAAGCCGCUGAUCCCGCUGGUGGGCGCGCUGUUCAUGAGGAAGAAGAAGAGCAGCAGCAGCAGCAGCUGCCACGACGACUCGUUUUGAUCCAUGCAUGCUUCCGAUCGAGAGUGAAUCUCCCAAGAGCAUUUCAGGUUGGUUUACGUGAUUGGCACUGCAUAUAUGUCAGCAAAGUGAGGCCGUGAAGUUACACUGCUGCAAGUUGUCAGCUUUUGGUCAACAGACAUCACACAACUACAUACAUAUAUGUAGAUGUUUUCAUUCGAAUAAUGCCCCAUUUGUGUUUCUUUGAGUACUGCAAAGUAUGAACUUGAGUAUCAAAUUAAUAUAGAGAAUUUGAUGUGUACUAAUCUCUUGCCUAACUGUCCAGCGCAAUCGAUUCGAACAGUUUGAA